UGUCCAUUAAGAAAACCAAAUCUCAAAAGGUCUUGGAUACCUUUAUUUCUGGUUUGCUAGUUGACCCACUUUUUAAUCUUCACAUCAACAACAACAUGCCUACUCGCUGCGAAAUUCUGUGUGAACUCUUGAUCGCGAUUUUGAUCCCUCCUUUGGGAGUUUGCUUCAGGCACGGUUGUUGCAGCGUUGAGUUCUGGAUUUGUGUGCUGUUAACUAUUCUGGGUUACGUUCCUGGGAUUAUUUAUGCUCUCUACGCUAUUGUUUUUGUGGAUCGUGAUGAGUACUUCGACGAGUACAGGCGUCCACUUUAUUACUCUGCUUAGUUCUCUUUUAUGAUCUCUCUCUUUUUCUGUAAAGUGGUGAUCCUGAAACUGUUUGCAUUUGUGUUUAAUUGAACUCGAUAUUGAUGUGCUUCUACUCUUUAAUUGAUCUUGACAUUGUGCGAUUGUAAAAUGGUUCUUUGAUCUUGUUUGGAUUUCAGACAAAUGUUUGAUUUUAACUUAAAGUGAGUUCAAUUUUAUAUGUGAAA